AUGUCUACCAGGCUCACCGCGUUCGCCCGCGUCGCCGCCCGCGCGUCACCGCAGCCGCUACCAAUGCCGUCGUCCGCUCGGCGCGUGGCGUGCGUCGCCCGUGCGUGCGCGAGACGCAUCCAACCGUCGACUGCAAGAAAUUCUUAUUGGUUACGUGGACACUCGCGUCGACGGCACCCGCCCGUGCUACACGCGCGCGCGCACGCGGUGAUCACGUCGAGUGAAACCGCGACCGACGCCCCGAGCUCUUAUUCGCGGUCGCCGUCGAAGAGCGUGCUGUUUGCGAUCGAAGGCAUGCGGUGCGGCGGAUGCAGCGCGGCGGUACAAAAGACGCUCGACGGAAGACCAGACGUGGAGCGAGCGGCGGUAAAUUUAGUGACGGAGACGGCGGCGGUGAGGUUCGUGACGACAAAUGAUGAUGAAUUGAGCGAUAUCGUAGCGUCGGUGACAGCGGAGGUUGGGAAGAAGGGUUUCACAAUGACGCGGAGAGAUGUGGGACGGGCGGCGGAGGCGGCGGCGAGAGACGCGGCGCUUAGAAAGGACGAAGAGAUGGAGCGGACGAAGUGGGAUCUGUACAAGGCGUGGGGGCUCACGGUGGCGUGUUUAGGGACGCACAUGACCCAUCACUUGCACGCGCUGGGCUUGCACGAGUACGCGCACACGGAGGUCUUGAACACGUUGGCGCAACCGUGGAUAGGCGCGGCGCUCGCGGCGGGCGCAUUGUUGGGACCGGGGCGAAACAUCCUCUCCGAGGGAGCGAAGGCUUUGGCGAACGGGGCGCCGAACAUGAAUUCGCUCGUGGGCGUUGGUUCGCUCGCCGCGUUCGGGCUCUCCAUCGCCGGCGCAGUGAAUCCACAGUUGAACGAGUACGGGCAGUGGACAAAUGACUUCUUCGAGGAGCCGGUGCUCUUGAUGGCGUUCAUCUUGCUCGGUCGCGCGCUCGAAGGACGCGCACGAGCGCGUGCGAGCGAGGAUUUGCGAUCAUUGAGCUCGUUACUGCCGUUGGACGCCCGCAUUGUCGUUCCGGAGCGAAUGAGCGGUGAGAACGAGGAUCCAGCGGAUCAUGGCGUGCAGAUCACUGUGGACCGCGCGGCGGUGAAACCGGGAGAUUUAGUGCGCGUGAAUCCGGGUGAGAUCAUUCCUGUCGACGGCGUCGUGGUCGCGGGUAACGCUGGGGUGGACGAGGCCACGCUCACGGGUGAGCCUGUGCUCGUAUACAAGACGCGAGGGAGUAAAGUGAGCGCCGGCACAGGCGUGUUCGAGGGACCGCUCACCGUCGAGGCGACGAGUGCGGGCGACGCGUCUAUCGUUGCCGGAAUCACGAAAACAAUCGAAGAAGCGCAAGGACGCGCGGCGCCAGUGCAGAGACUCGCAGACGCCAUUGCUGGGCCGUUCGUGUUCGGUGUCAUGGGCAUCAGCGUGGCGACAUUUGGUUUUUGGACGCUCGCGGGCGACGCUCUCUUUCCAGGCGCGCUCAUGGAGGCUGGGUCCUUCGGUUCGGCGCCGUGGAUGGGUCCGCUGAAAUUAGCGACGGAUGUCCUUGUCGUGGCGUGUCCAUGCGCGUUAGGUUUAGCGACGCCGACGGCUGUGCUCGUGGCAACGUCCUUGGGCGCGCGAAACGGAGUGUUGCUCCGAGGAGGCGACGUCUUGGAGACCAUCGCAGGCGUAGACGCGGUGGUUUUGGAUAAGACGGGAACCAUCACUCGCGGACAGCCAAAGUUGCGGUCCGUGUACGCGGUUGAUGACGUCAAAGAGUGGGAUGUGUUGAGCAUCGCGGCUGCAGUGGAGGCGACGACGACGCAUCCGCUCGCGAAGGCGGUCACGCGAGCGGCUGAUUUGCGCUUCGAAUCAGAGAACUUGUCUCCGAUUCCGCGAGCGACGUCGUCAGAGACAGAAGCCGGACUCGGAGCCAGCGCGACGGUGAACGGUGAACGGGUAUUCGUCGGUGCACCGGCGUGGGUGGAUGAAAAAGUCGCCGGCGUUGGCGCCUCCAGCGACGCAUUCACCUCUGCUCGCGCAGACGGCGAGACCUGCUCGCUCGUCGCCGUUGGUGUGGAGGGACGGGGUGUGGUUGGAAUGUUAACAGUGGUGGAUGAGAUUCGCGGGGAGGCGGCGGAGACGAUUCAGCGCUUAAAGGCGUCCGGAAUCAGCGUGCAUAUUCUUUCAGGCGACAGACAAUCUGUCGUGAACGCCGUGGCGAGGGAACUCAGCUUGGGCGAAGACAGCAUGACGCUUGGCGGCAUGCUUCCGGCAGACAAGGCGUCUGAGAUCAGCAAACUUCGUGCCAAGGGGUUAAAGGUGGCCAUGGUUGGUGACGGCAUCAACGACGCCCCGGCUCUGGUGACCGCCGACGUCGGCAUCGCUAUGUCUCGCGGCAUGGAGGCCACCGGCAACGCCGCCGGCGUCAUCCUCCUCGACGAUAACCUCUCCCAAGUCGCGGACGCGGCGCAGCUUGGAAAGAAUGCCCUCGGUAAGAUUCGUCAGAAUCUCGCCUGGGCACUCGCCUACAACGCCGUCGGUAUCCCGCUCGCCGCCGGCGCGCUCCUCCCGCACUACGGCUUCACCCUCAACCCGAGCGCCGCCGGCGCCAUGAUGGCCGUCUCAUCCGUCGCCGUCGUCACCAACUCCCUCUCACUUCGCGGUCCGGACGCUUGGAAAUCCUUCACCGACGCCUCGAACGUCCGAAAUCGCGGUCGAUCCCCGACGACCGAGCCCGCAAAGUAA